UGGGAAGAAUGGAACAAAGAUUGCAACCUUAUCCUAUACCAGUCUCCAUUCCCACUUGUCAUAAAUAAAGCGCACGGAAUGGAUUCACACGCUUAAUCAUUUGCCAAUGCCCAAGUAGCACAUCGCUGCCCGUCUUCCCUCUGGCCUUGCAGUAUAGCGAGUCUGAUCUUGGUGAUGGAAAGGAGCAGCUUCCCCAAUCCUUCUGACAAAAGGGUUGCUGUUGUCACCGGUGGGAACAAAGGAAUUGGGCUGGAGGUAUGCAGGCAUCUAGCUUCCAGGGGUGUCAUGGUGAUCCUGACGGCAAGGGACGAGAAAAGGGGGUCAGAAUCAGUGGAGAUGCUUCAUGAGUCCGGGCUGCCUGAUGUUCAGUUUCACCGUCUGGAUGUCAGUGAUCCAUCCAGCGCUGCCCGUCUGGCUGAGUUCAUCAGGGAGAAGUUUGGCAGGCUAGAUAUCCUGAUCAACAAUGCAGGUGUUAUAGGCGCAACUGCAGAGAUUGACACCACAGCACCAAUUGAGGAAGUGCUCGUAGGUAAGAGCACAAUGGAGAGACUGCAAUGGUUGCUGCAGCGCUCCACGGAAAGUUAUGAGGAAGCAGAAGAAUGUCUGAAAAUAAACUACUUCGGCACCAAAUAUGUGACCGAAGCACUACUCCCUAUCCUUCUGUCCUCCUCUGAUGGACGGCUCAUCAACGUGUCAUCCAACUUAGGACUCCUCCGACAUUUCAGCGGCGAAGACCUUAAGCAGGAGCUGAGUGACGUUGACAAUCUGACCGUAGAGAGGCUGGAUGAGAUGUCAGAACUGUUCCUGAAAGACUACAAGAAUGGCCAGUUGAAAUCUCAUGGAUGGCCUGCAGAUUCUCACUACCUGGCCUACAAGGUGUCCAAGGCUCUGAUCAAUGGCUACACCAGGAUAAUGUCGAAGAAGUACCCGGGAUUGCGCAUCAACAGCGUGCACCCUGGCUAUUGCAAGACUGACAUCAACUUUGACACCGGCAUAUACACCGCGGAGGACGGUGCCAGUUGCAUUGUUGCGGUUGCCCUAUUGCCGGAAGGAGGCCCAACAGGUGUGUUCUUCUUCCGCACAGAAGAAGCACCCUUUGUGUAGCAUCAUGAAGGGUCACUCACUACUGAAAUGUCUGCUGGUAUUUAGAACAUCCGCACCUCAUUGGAACGUUCUGUUCUCUUCAGAACACUGCUGUCAGUUUGUAUUGUCACUCUUCGAUCGGUGAUAGAAAACAGUUCUGCAGGGAAGCAAUAAAAUACCGCGUACAAGGAUUAAGGACAAUGUUGUUAGGAUCAUAUAUUCAAAGUAGUAGUUCUGCUUACAAAGUUACAUUUUUCCGUGAGGCUAA